AUGGCACGUACCGACAACGACUUUGGCCCGAGUCUACCGGGCGUCUUUGACUUCACCAUUCUCUUCGAGCAGAGCAUUCUCUCCCUGCUGCCCGCGUCCAUCUUCAUCCUUGUCGCGCCGCUGCGCACUUGGACCCUCGUACGCCGUGAUACAAUUGUGCGCUCGCGCAAAUUAUUCCUAGCAAAACAGGCCACCAUCGCCGUCUACCUUUGUCUUCAACUUGCCCUCGUCGCGCUGUGGUCGUCGCCAUCCACACCCAGGACAAAGACGUCCAUCGCAGAAGCAGUCAUCGGCGUCGUGGAAGCCGGCGCCAUUUGCGCGCUGUCAUGGGCAGAGCACUACAAGUCGGUCAGGCCGUCUGUCCUGCUGAACCUGUACCUCCUCCUCUCGACGCUCCUCGACACCGCCGCCGCAAGGACCUACCUCACGCGGCCGGGCCUUGCUGCCAUUGGCGGCGUGUCUCUGGCCUCCCUCGCCGUCAAGGCCGCCCUGCUGGCCCUCGAAGAAUCGCCCAAGGACCCGGCGCGCAGGGGCAAGACGACCGCCGACGAAGCGGCCGCGGGCGUCGUGAGCCGAGGCGUCUUUUGGUGGCUCAACCCUCUGCUCCUCGUCGGAGCAAAGACGCUGCUUGCCGCCGACCAUGUCGGGCCCAUCGAGGACAAGUUCGACUCGGCCAGGCUCCUGCGUCGGCUGGAGAGCGUCUGGGACAAUGACGGUAGAACCGGCAGCUGGGCCCUCAUGAAGUGCACGUUCCUGGCGUACAAGUGGCAGUUCCUGGCCGGCGUCCUCCCGCGGCUCCUCUUUACCGGCUUCACCUUCGCCCAGCCCUUUCUCAUCAACGCCGUCGUCGACUUUGUCGGCGCUCCCGCGGAGCAGCAGACGGCCCAGGUAGCUGCGAGCCUUGUCGGCGCCACCGUCCUCGUGUACGUCGGCAUUGCGGUGUGCAGCGCGGCAUAUCGCCACAUGACGUACCAGCUUCUCACCAUGUACCGGGGCGGCCUGGCCUCGUUGGUGUUUAAAAAGACGCUCAGGCUGGAGGCGUCUUCCGUCAGGGACUCGGCGCCGGUGACUUUGAUGAGCACGGAUAUCGAGUCGAUUGUCAUGUCGGGCGAUGCCAUCCACGACAUAUGGGCGAGUUUCAUCGAGAUCCCCCUGGCGAUAUACCUGCUGUAUAGGAACGUCGGCGUCCCCAGCCUGUUUAUCCUGAUCCCUGCAUUCUGUACCUCUGCUGCCGGUGCGCUCAUUUCCCCGGCCAUGGGCCCGGCCCGAGUGCAAUGGAACAAGGCCAUCCAGGAGCGCGUCGGCUCCGUCUCGACAAUGUUGAGCCAGAUCAAGGGCGUCAAGAUGAUGGGCCUGACGGGCCUUUUCUACGACUCGCUGCAGACUCUCCGGAUUCACGAACUCAAGCUGGCCGUCAGGUUUCGAUGGAUACUGGUCCAACUCAAUUGGCUUGCCAUGGCAUCCGAAGACCUCACGCCCGUCAUUGUCAUCGUCGCCGCCAUUUUCUGGACCAAGGCGGACGAGGGGCUCACCGUGGCCGAGGCCUUCACCUCCCUGUCCAUCAUCAGCAUCGUCGAGACACCCCUUCUCAAUAUCCUCAUUUCCAUCGUGCAGCUCUUUGGCGCCAUCGGCUGCUUCUCCCGGCUCCAGGCAUUCCUCGUCAUGGACGAAAGAAGAGACUUGCGGGAAAUGGCACCCCCGACCGCCUCCUCGACCCCGUCUACCGCGUACCGCUCAUCCAUCACGCUGCCCCCCGUGGACGAUGCGCCCAAGCACGCGAACCCAGCGUCAAACAUUGCUCUUGCAGCACUCGAGGCGCGAGCCCGCCCGUCUCUGGACCCUUUCAUGCCGGCCGUGGCCAUCGAAAGCGCCACCUUUACCGUCGGGGAGAACGUCACAGUCCUCGCAGACAUCAGCAUGGUCUUCCCACGGGGAACCGUGUCCAUGAUUGUCGGCCGCGUAGGCUGCGGCAAGUCGUCCCUGCUCAAGGCCAUUGCCGGCGAACUAGCCCUGGCAAGGGGCCGUCUCGUCGCCGACGUCUCCUCCAUGGCGUACUGCGACCAGACGCCGUGGCUGCAGAAUUGCUCUAUCCGGGAGAACAUCGCGGCCCAGUCCCCCCUCGACGAGGCGUGGCUGCGCGCCGUCAUCGAAGCCUGUGCCCUGGACGAGGACAUGUCCAUGCUCCCCGCGCGGGACUUGACCAUUGUCGGCUCCGGAGGCGUGGCAUUGAGCGGCGGCCAGAAACAGCGGGUUGCCCUUGCGCGCGCGGUAUACUCCCGGCGCAGUGUGCUCCUCCUCGACGACGUAUUCAGCGGCCUGGACAGCACUACGUCCAGAGCCGUCUUCCAGCGCGUCCUGGGCAGAGACGGCCUCGUUCGGCGGUGGAAUGCGACCGUCAUCAUGGCCACGAACCACGUCAACUUCCUCCCUGCGGCUGACUACAUUACCGUGCUCGGUGACAGGGCCACUGUCCGGAACCAGGUGCGCUUCGACUCGGUCGAUCCCUCGGAAUGGGGCAUCCUGGAGAGCGACACGGACAGCACCGCGACCGUCUCGGGCUCGGACGAAGCCGCGCUCGAACCGGCCAAGGUAUCCCCGGAGGCGGCUGCCGAUCUGUCUCCAAAGACGGAAGCCGACCUCGGCCGGCAGACGGGCGACCUCGACUGCUACAGGAUCUACGUGCGGUCCCUGGGCACAGUGGCCAUGGUCACGCUGCUGGUUGGGAGCGUUUUGCACACCGCCAUGGUCAAGAUGCCGCAGGUCUGGCUGAAGCUCUGGACGCAAAGGGGCACAGGGCCGACAGACUACGCCUACAUGGCCGGCUACAUUGGGUUUGCGCUCGCUUCCACGACAUUCGGCGCCCUCAACAUGGGGUACUACUCGCUCGUCGGGGUUCCCAAGUCCGCCAUCCGUCUUCACGACAUGCUCCUCCGAUGCGUCGUCCGGGCGCCGUUGCACUUCUUUGCCAGCACAGACAGCGGCAUCACGCUCAACCGAUUCAGCCAAGACAUGACGCUCAUCGACAACGCCCUCCCCAUGGCCUUUCUCAACGUCACGACGCUCUCCCUCCGCGCCCUCGCGGAAACCGGCCUCAUCGCCUCCGGCGCAUCCUCCGCCGCCGCCGCCAUCCCCGUCUGCUUCCUGGCCCUGUACCUCAUCCAGAAAUACUACCUCCGCACGUCGCGCCAGCUGCGCCUGCUCGACCUCGAGGCCAAGUCCCCGCUCUACACGCAGUUCGCCGAAACCCUCGCGGGCCUGCCGACCAUCCGCGCCUUCGGCUGGGCGCCCGCCUUCCGAGCCGACAACCACCGGCGCCUCGACGCCUCCCAGCGGCCCUUUUACACCAUGUUCUGCGUCCAGCGCUGGCUCCAGGUCGUCCUGGACCUGUUUGUCGCCGGCGUCGCGCUGGUCCUCGUCGCCCUGGCGCUCCGGGCGGGCGGCAGCAGCGGCAGCAGCGCCGCCGUCGGCCUCGCCAUGGUCAACCUCAUCGGCUUCAACCAGACGCUGGCCGAGGCCGUCGACCAGUGGACCCGCCUGGAGACGUCGCUCGGCGCCGUCGCCCGCCUCAAGUGGUUCGCCGGCAACACCCCCGACGAGGACGGGCCGGCGCGUCAUCAUCGCAAACACGCGCCCCUGCCGCCCGCGUGGCCGGACCUGGGGGCCAUUGCGCUGAGGAACCUCGUCGCCGCGUACAGGCACUCCGAGCCCGUCCUAAAGGGCGUGUCGCUGACCAUUCGGCCCGGUCAGAAAGUCGGCGUGUGCGGGCGCUCCGGGAGCGGCAAGUCGUCGCUCGUCCUGGCGCUCGCGCGUCUGCUCGACAUCCGCGGGGGCAGCAUCACCAUUGACGCGCAGGACCUGGCCCUUCUCCCGCGGGACGCGGUGCGCCGGCGGCUCACGGCCCUGCCCCAGGACGGCGCGACGAGCUGCGUCGACGCGCGGACCGACGACGCCGUGCGCGCCGCCAUCCGGGACGACCUGCGCGGCAGGACCGUCGUCGAGGUCGCCCACCGGCUCGACGUCCUGCGGGCCUGCGACGUCGUCGUCGUCAUGGCCGCGGGGCGAGUCGUCGAGGUCGGCGAGCCCGAGGCCCUCCUGGCCAAGGGGGCGAGCGCCUUCAAGGCCCUGUGGGACAGUCGCCGUCUCUAG